AUGAACCUUCUAAUCCUACUCGCAAUUGCAACGUGCCUUACGAUAGGAAACGCAUUUCUGCACAGAGGGAUCAAUUAUAAGCGGACAGGACAUGCGAAAAUAAGCAACAAACCCACGGUCAUACAAUACCACCAUGCCCUUCACAAAACACAUACAAGGAAGGGAGUGAAGAAAAUUUACUCUUUCAAGAGACACGUAUCAGAAAUAUGGAAUAACAUUAAAACGAGGAGGAUAGAAAAUUAUAUGGAAGAUUUUUUUCAAACGCAGCAAGUAAAGAAUACGCUUCAAAAUAAUUUCCUCUGUUUUAAACACCUAUUUAAUAAGUGUAAGCUGGACAGAGUAAUUAUAGCUGUUAAUGUGGCCCUGUAUUUUUAUUUGAAUAGAAUUGAUAAAGAUGAUGAGAAGAAGAUUUUUUUUCACAAGGGGAAUUUAUUGGAGGUAAAAGAACAGAAGGCAGAAAAAUACAAAUGCAAUUAUCACGAUGUUUACAAAACAAAAAAUUUUAAAACAUUUUUCACUUCCCUUUUUAUUCACAAAAAUAUAUUGCAUUUAUAUUUUAAUAUGAGUUCUCUAAUUUCCAUAUAUAAAAUAAUUUCGCAAAUAUAUACAAAUGGCCAAAUAUUUGUUACAUUCAUCUUGUCAGGUGUCCUGUCCAACAUUAUAUCGUACAUUUGUUACGUGAGAGAAAAGAAGGAAAAUGUACUUUUGAAAAAUUUAAUUUUGACAAAUACUUCCAAUGAAAAUAAUUUCCUUGUAAAUAAAAAUAAUAAAAUUAUCUGUGGAAGCAGUUCCUGUAUUUAUUCCCUUUAUGGAAUGCAUAUCACAUAUAUUAUAUUUUUUUACUUUAAACAUAAUUAUAUUGUGAACAGUAAUUUUUUGUACAAUUUUUUUUAUUCAUUUGUUUCAUCUCUGCUUCUCGAAAAUGUCAGCCACUUGAACCAUGUGUUGGGCUUCUUCUGUGGUUUUUUCUUCUCCUCCCUCAUAGUGCUCUUUGACAGGAAUGCCUAG